CUUGUAAGAAGUCUAAGUCUCUAGUGCUAAUCUAUCUCAAACAUGUCGGACCAGCUUUGUAAACUCUUUGUCGGCGGCCUCAACGUAGACACCGACGACGAUGGCCUGCGCAAACACUUCGAGCAGUUCGGCUCACUCACCGACUGCGUGGUGGUGGUCAACAAGCAGCUCCAACGCUCCCGCUGCUUCGGUUUCGUUACCUACUCGACGCCGGAGGAGGCCGACGCCGCCAUGGGUGCAAGGCCGCACACCGUCGACGGCAACACAGUCGAGGUGAAGCGGGCCAUGUCGCGAGAGGACGCCAACAAACCCGAAGCUCUCGCCAAGGUGAAGAAAAUCUUUGUUGGCGGUCUGAAGGAUGACAUCGAAGAGGAUCACCUCAACGACUACUUCUCUCAGUAUGGCCAAAUCGAGAAGUCGGAGGUAAUCUCCGAGAAGGACACUGGGAAGAAAAGGGGCUUCGGCUUCGUGUACUUCACAGACCAUGACGCCGCCGACAAGGCCGUCGUGAUUAAGUUUCACAACAUCAACGGACACAAAGUGGAGGUGAAGAAGGCCCUCACCAAACAGGAGAUGCAGUCGGCCAACAGAAGCGGCAUGACCCCGAGAGGAAGGGGAGGCCGAGGCAUGAGGGGGGGGAAUCAAAAUGGCUACGGCAGCAGAGACUAUGGCGGAAGCUACAGCUACGGAAAUGGCGGUGGAGGCUACAACAGCGGCGGAGGGUACGGGGGCUACAGCGGACAUUACGGGGGUGGCUACGGCGACCAGGGCGGUGGCUACAGUGGCGGCAACGGUUACAGCGACUUCGGCAGCAGCUACGGCCAACACUCCUCUGGCUACGGUCCGAUGAAGGGGCCGUUCGGCGGCCAGCGGAAUCCGUCCCCCUACACCCGCGGAGGUGGCGGUUACCCCAGGGGCGGCUACGGCGGCUACUAGACCAGACAUCGGACCAUACCCCACCAGAUUAUACCUCCAGCCCCGGAUUUGGACGUCAAAAGUCAAAACUCAGUAACGGGGGCCGACCCCCACAAACAAAAUGAAGACCUCAAAGCCCCCAAACAGGUAGGAAGGUCACUUCCCAAAAUGAAUCUGAUUAAAACAGAUUAGGACACUUAAAAUUCAAUUUAAUAAAACAGAUUAUAAACAUUUUAUGUAUCAUUGCCCACGCGUGUAGUAGACGUUGAACCAAUUGGACCGUUUAGCGUUAUCCAUUGUUAAAAGUUGAAUGUAGGCUUGGUUUUUUAUGUUUAUUUUAAUACUUUAGAUGUAUUUUUCUUUCCAGUGUACCGGGCGUGAGUAAAUUCUGAUCUGUUUUUGUAGCUGUUGUCACGAGGCCAUUUUGUGACUACUCACGUUUUUCCCAAGUAAAGAUGGCGUACUGGCUUUUGUUUCCCCCUCCUUGUGCCCAAACAGACCACGCUUUCAUCUUAACUGGCGUUUUUGGCAAAUUUGCGUCAGUUUGUAAUUACUCCCCACUCAGCCUGUAGAGCAAUAUCCAAAUGUAUGCUUUGUACUUUCAUGUUCUUGAGAAAAACAUUAUUGUUUGAAGACACAUAACUCUGUAUGUUCAUUCUUAAAUAAAAGGUUACACCACA